AUGUUAUCCAGGAAGAAAACCAAGAAAGAAGUUAAUAAACCGGCCGAGGUGCAGGGGAAAUAUGUGAAGAAGGAGACCUCCCCCCUGCUGCGGAGUGAGUGUGACCGGUCACUGCACCGGGGGCUAAACUGGGAGAGUGCAACUACCGGUCUGGGGGGGGAGGGGGCAGGCAAAGAGGGGAGGGGGCAAAGUCAUGGGGUGAUGGGCACAGUGUUUGAGGGGAGCUGCCAUAUGUGGAUGGGCACAGAGCAGUGGAUGCCAUAGGUCAAGGGACACUGUGAUGGGUGGCAGAAAGUGAUGGGCUCAUUGGCCAAAGGACACUGUGAUAUGUACCGUAGGGGCACAGGGCAAUGUGUGCCAUGGGAUACGGUGUGGAGUGGGUGCCAUAGAGUGAGUGGCACAGAGCCCUGUGUGCCAUCGGGUGAGUGGCACAGAGCCCUGUGUGCCAUCGGGUGAGUGGCACAGAGCCCUGUGUGCCAUCGGGUGAGUGACACAGAGCCGUGUGUGCCCCAGGUUCACUGGCUCAGAGCCGUGUGUGCCCCAGGUUGAGUGGCGCAGAGGCGUGUGUGCCCCAGGUUGAGUGGCGCAGAGGCGUGUGUGCCCCAGGUUGAGUGGCGCAGAGGCGUGUGUGCCCCAGGUUGAGUGGCGCAGAGGCGUGUGUGCCCCAGGUUGAGUGGCGCAGAGGCGUGUGUGCCCCAGGUUGAGUGGCACAGAGCCGUGGAUGCAGAGCUGUGUGUGCCCCAGGUUGAGUGGCGCAGAGGCGUGUGUGCCCCAGGUUGAGUGGCGCAGAGCCAUGUGUGCCCCAGGUUGAGUGGCGCAGAGCUGUGUGUGCCCCAAGUUGAGUGGACGCAGUGCAGUAGGUGCCAUAUGCUAAAGAGCGUUAUGUCGUGAGCAGAACAGAGCAAUGGGUGCCAUAGGGUGCAGUUAUUUGGGGUGAAAGGCACAAUACAUGGAUUAUCAUCAUGGGUAUCCACUGCAUUUGACAAUAUGGAGCAAGUGACAUUGCUCUUCCUUUAAUUUAAGUGGUGCCUACUAAAGACCAUGGCUACAUAUAUAAUUGGUUUGCCCCCUAUGGAAAAUUUUCUGGCACCUCUGGUUGCCUUGUGUUGAUUGUCUUCUAUGGGGUCAGUGGUGUGGAUUCCAUGGCGCCAGACCUGUUGUGUGAAGGAUGCCAUGGGAUCAAGGGUUACAUGGGGUGGCACAGUAUGUAAGGUGGCAUGGGGUUUGGAGUAAGAUGCAAGGAUUGACAGUGACAUAGGUGCUCUACUGUGAGGGCACAAUAUGAAGAUUGCUAUGGGGCGAAGGGAGGAAUUCAAGGAGUGUCAUGGGUGAAGGCCACAGUGUGGUGGGUUCCAUGUAAUGAGGGCGCAGUGAGAGGGGUUACAUGGGCUAAGGGACACGGUGCUGUUGUUUACAUGGAGUGGAGAAGGCAGUGAGAGGGCUCCCAUUAGGUGAAGAACAUAGUUCAGCUGGUUAGAUUGGAUGGAGUAAGGGGGCCGUGUGUAGUGUGCCAUGGGUUGAGGCGCAUAGUGCAAAUGGUGGCCUGUAGUGAUGGGCACAGUGCAUUGGGUGUAUCUAGCUAGCCGUAGGUAUUUCAUAGCAAGAAAAGUUAUAGCUUCCUCUGGGACUGCUUUGUUUAUGUUUUCAUGGUAGCAGCUGCAGCAGCUCUGGUUUGGUAAGGUCUCAGGGCAAUGGGAUAAGCCUUACCUCCCAGAGAUGAUUCAAAUAUUCAGUGUUUUAUUCUUGGAAGCUUUUAGCUCCACUCAGUGCUAUAAGAUGUUUUAGAAGCUGCAAAUCUUUAUGAUGAUGAUCAUUUCCGGCACAUCUUGUGCAAACUCACUUGGUAUUUUUGUCACCUCAUCAGUGGUGUUCCAGCUUUAUCCUAUUGGUAAAAAAAAUGUGCAACAAACUAUUGUACAGCAGUAUGCUUUUAUAGCCUUAUAACAAUAUCUCAAACUGCUUUAUAUAUUUUUUAUAUAUAUAUAUAUAUAUAUAUAUAUUUGUACUUGUAUAAAACACACUGUACUAAACAUUCUAAUUGUAAAGGAAUGGUGUUAUUGGUGCAGUAAACUGAUUGCACUGCAGUAACUUUUAACUGUCAAGCUUACUUCAAGGUUUAAGAAUUUUAAAUAUAUUUUGUCACCAAAAGUACAGCAAUGUCUAAUCCUUUGGCUGACUGCGUGUGAUGUGACAUACAGUUCACUGUUGUAGUGUUUAGAAUUCAAUGUACAACUAUACUAUAUCAAGCUAAAUGUAUGGCUUGUCUCUGUUGGUUUGAACGGUUAGUAUCACCUUAGAUAAUGUCUUUGGCAUGCAGAUACAUACCCUUUGCUGCAAGGACAAGAAAUUCAGAUAUUGAUUACUAAAAGUGUGUACAUGUGAGACGUGUGGGUGUAAAGAGCAUCUGUGGAUUAUACAAGUAGAGCAGUCUCCAUAGAUACCAAGGGAAUGUUACUUCUGAUUGUUACUUUUUAGAGUUUUAUUCCUCAAAGUUAUCUGUAUGCGUAAAAACGCCACAGACUGUCAGACAUAUGCAUGUCACCUCUACUUGUGUAAACUUAGCCUCCAGGGAGAUUUGUCUGUAUGGCUUUUUUAUUUUUUAUACCUGUCUGGGACAAUUGUAGUCUUAUAGCCUUAAUCCUUGGAAUCCAGUUAAUGUACAUUUUUAGGUUCACUCUUUUAGAUCUGUAAGAACGGGAUUACAUUUUAAUGAUUGUCUAAUUUAAUGUCAUUAGCUGUUUUAGAAGCAAAAUAAAAUUAACCCUUUUGCACCACGAGCAGUACUGCUAGCAGAUAAAACAUCCAGUCUAUGUCUAUGCAAUUUUCUACUUACUCUGUGCGCAUAAUGCAUAGCGCUACAUCCAACUGCUUUCUUUCCAACUGCUGUGAAUUGACAUCUGAUGUAUGUUAAUGUUGCCAGAUAGUCACAGUUACCAUAUGUGAAUUCUAGGUUUAUCAAGUGGAACUAAUUGCAAGUGACGAUUGCUCCCAAUAGAUGCCCAGCCAUGCUGAGAAUGAAGUUGAUCACUUUGUGUUGAAUGGUUUAGAAACAUAAAAUUACAUGAUUUUGCUAUUCCAUGACGAAAAGUCAUGUAUUUUUUUUUUUUUAAAGACACAGAGGCGAUUAUUGCAUAUCCCUUUCUUUACUGUCCACCAAUAGCAGCAAAGAAUACAAAACAGUAAGAAAAAAUGGUAUACAUAGUAAUAGGCCACUCUCAUACCAAGUCCCAGUAUAAUAGUCAGCACUUUUCUUCAUACUUCCUUUCUUUGGAGAUGCAACCACAAAAAACAAACAUUAAACAGGAACCAAGGAAUCAGUCCAACCGCACAAGAACUAUUGCCCACAAAUUUAGUUACUUGUUACCAACCAGGUAACAAUCCAACGAACUGUGACAAAUCCAACACCGGAAACAAGAACCGCCAACAUAGAGGAUUCCAUUAGACGAUAAUCAGUCGGAGUCCAUCAAACAAGUCCGAAUUAGGCUCUGAAAACAGAAACCACACAGUUAUUGCUGACGACUCGUGAUGGGCUCAGAGGCGCCAACUCUGUAGCCUCCUUGCCACGUAAGGCCCCAACUGCAAUAAUAAAAUAGGUGGACGGGCGUUUUCAAGCCAACAUCUGAACAUCCAACACAAGAAAACCACUCAACGUGCUGAACGUGCACAAAAAGGGAGCCAAAAUGGCCCCGGGACCCAGUAUAGCAAGUAGGGGAGACAGAAAACGGAAAGACACAAACGCCUCUGAAGAGAAAGUCAGAGAAAAAUGUAUAUAUGAAAAAAAAUAGAUGGAAAGAAAAAAAGUCUGGGCACCCGAGCACAGAACCAAACAAUAUACAAUAAAACAGUUCUACAAUUUAAACUCAAAGGUUAAGUUAAACUAAAAUCCCCAGACAAAUAAUAACAAAUACACAAUAAUUUAUACAACUAAAGUCUCAAGAGACAAAAUAGAUGGUACUUAACGGUCGUGGAGCAGCAAAGAAAGAGGAAGUAUGAGGUGCUGACUGUUAUACUGGUACUUGGUAUGGGAGUGGGGUAUUACUAUGUAUACCAUUUUUUUUCUUACUGUUUUGUAUUCUUUGCUGCUAUUGGUUGAACAGUAAAGAAAGGGAUAUGCAAUAUGAGCCUCAGUGUCAAUCAAUAUUGGAACAAGUACAUUUGUUUGCUUGUUUUGUACUUAAAAUAGAUAUACCCCAAAUUAAAACGUGCAUGCAUUCAAUUAUUAAUUUCCUAUUAAGGGUGCAAGCACUGCCCUUCUAACCCUGCCCAGACUUUCUGUGGCUGUCCAAUCACAGACUUGGCAAUGCAGCUCAAUGAGAAGUCUUUGCAAGGCAGGUACUCUGGGCAAUUGCCGCCUCUUGAGUUAAGUACCACAGAGCUAACCAAACCAGGAAGCAAAAGGACCUGUUGUCUGCUUGAAAGCAAAUGAGGUUUUACCAGGUUAUUUUAUAAAAGUUCCUAUUUUUAUUGGGGGAAAAAAAAAAGAGGACACACUCUUCACACAUACAGCGUUUCGGCAAACUAAAGUAAUUUAUGUGUGAAGAGUGUGGCAUCUGUUUUUCAUUUUAUACAAAGUGAAGAUUUCAAAACAAUUAUGUUUUAUUGUUAUAUAUUAUGAUUAUUAUAAAUUAACCUUGUUACACCACUUGUCUGUCAAUCAGACAACCAGUCCUGUUAAUUCAUGGUUGUUUAGCUUAGUGGAGCUAACCUCAAUAGACUGGCUAUGGCUCAGAGCACCUGUCUUGCAAAGUCUUCUUUUUCCUGCGUUGGAAAGUCUGUGAUUGGACAACCACAGAAUGUUUUGGUGCGGUUAGUAGGGGAGGGCUUGUAAAAGUUUCAGACGAAAUCUGCAGCUUUUGCAAGCUGUUUUUACAUAAACCCACAAUAAAAAAUAAAUGCAUAAUUAAAUGCAUGCAUGUUUUUGUUGGGGAAAUAUCUACUAAACAGUAAUGGUAUGCUGAGAUUACAACUUUUAUAGUAGUCACAGAGUCCAAAACCGCUACACAAAAGUAUAUAUUUGGAAAAGUGCAUUCCCCAGGCUAUUUAAAGGACUACUCCACACUUUCCAAAAAUACCCACAGUUUACUAGAUAACCCAAUGAAUACAUGUAUGUAUUCAUUGGGAGUAGUCUAAAAAAAGCUUACAAAGCUGCAGUUCUUAUGACUGUAGCCUUUGUAAGGACUCCCUUUUUUUUUCCUAAAAGAGACUUUCAGUCUCUUCUCAUUGAGAAGCCUCUGACUUGGUCCCGACGUUCACGCGCGCACAUCUGGAACUGUCGAGCUGGCCUGAUGUCUGUGAGGGAGGGGGAGGCACACAUUUUACUUUGUUUUAUAGAAGCACCUUUAGUGGAUGUCCAUAAAAGAGGGGCACAUGGCACCCAGACCACUCUAUUGAGAUAAAGUGGUCUGGGCACCUAAAGGAUUCUUUAAAGUCCUACAAGGUACAGAAUUGAGGAGUGGGACUGCAAGGGCAUAAUCUAUAUAAACACCAACACUGCUUCAUUAAACUAAAGGUGGUGUUAAUUUGGCGACUUUAAUAUCCCUUUAAAUUAUGUAAAAUAAUGACAUGAUAAAAGAUGUAUAAAUUGAUCAGUAGACCAUUAAAGAGCAAUGCAUGCACACAUUAAGCCUUUUUUAAAGUUAAAAAGGUAUUGUAAACACUAUAACCGCUACAAAAAAUAGAUGUAAUCUAUAAGUAUUGGAACAUUUAUUAACCCGUUCCACGAUACUUUUUAUUUUGGUAGAAUGCAGAUAAUAUUCAGGUGUGAUGCAUAAAGUGCGGUCGCUGUAUUUUAUUUUUUACAUAUGUGGUAACGGACUUCCAGUAAACUGAUCUUUGUGGUAAUUACCUCUUUUACUCGUUUUUCUGGAAUCAAAUUUAGACUUAUUUUUAAAGGUCAUAUUAUGGAUAUUUUUGUAAUGCACACACUUUUUUUUUUCCCUCCUCAGAUUUGAUGCCCUCCUUUAUUCGCCAUGGUCCAACCAUCCCACGGCGAACUGAUGUCUGCCCUCCUGAACCAAAGCCUUCCCAUUACACCCCGCCAGGAGAUGGCGCUGUGUCCAGGAACCAAAGUUUUUUACGGACUCAUAUCCAGAGAGCACCACAAGAAGUCAUGCGCAGGGAAAGCAACAGACUUUCCGCUCCUUCCUAUUUGGUCCGGGGAUUGGGUGAAGUGCCCAGGGAAUACGGCAACUCUUCACAGUCCUUUCUAACUGAGGUUAAUUCUGUGAUGGAAAAUGGGGAUGGUAAUGCCAGAUAUUAUUGUUCAGAUCAACAGUUUGAUGGACAGAGGAGGAGGCAAGUUGAUCGUGCCCAUGACGAAUACAGAUAUUAUGAUCAUAACAGUGACCAUGUACAGAGGAUUAUUCACGGACAUGGAAGGCCACAAGCAGGUAGCAAUAACACGUUUGCUGGUUCAUUGUGCUACUCUCGAAAUAUUGGUAGCAAACUCUGGCCACACAGAUGUUGAUGGUUUGCAAAUGCAGUAGAUGGCCAGAAAGUGAUGGGUGUUUUCGUUCAGCAAAAUUGAGGGGGAAGUAGUGGCCUUGAGAUGCAUGUUCUAAACUAUUUGUUGUUAAAACAAGUCUACGUUUAUUUUAUACAUUUACUUUAGUAGAACCACUACAAUAAGCACAGACCAAUAAUUUAUGAAGAGAGAAGUUGUUUAAUGUGGCGCCAGGAGUGGCUGUCUUGUUGAGUUCUGAGCAUUUCAUAAAAAAGAAAGGCACGUACAAUAAUAAUUUUUUUUACAAGCAUGUUUUAAGUUAAUAGAAACCAUUGUAUCAGAUGGAUUGCAUAUCACUAACUCCAGUGCAGCUUCCUUCUUGGCAAGAAGUGUGAGGGGUCUAGUACAGUUAUUUUCUUAACAUUUGGGAUUGUUGACCCUGGCUUUGGGAGUUCUCGUAUGGGAGUACGGUAUUUAGAAGCAUAGAACAACGUCCCAUUACUUCACAGCCCAUUAUUUUAAAACCAACAUAUUAGUUUUGACUGUUUUUGGGCUGUAUUUAUCAAGGCUAAACAAACUCGGUUCUGGACAGAAAUGCAUAGGGCACAAAUGAACCUUCAUAAAUAUUGUGACAAAGCUCCUGGUAAACCGGCUGGGUACCUAGGUCAAGGUCUCUCCGUAGCUUCCUGCCCUUGAACAGGGUCCUUGGUAGAGCUCCAAGUGAUCACUCUCUCCUUCAGAGUUUAUAGCUGUAUAGCUCUCACCCAAACACUAGUCGAGACUUAGUGAAGAGUGAAGUAGAAAUGGUUUUAUUGAGUGAACCACAGGUUUAUAUAGAAGUUAUCAGAACAGGGGGUCAUCACACAAAAUAAUACAAGUCACUCCUUGGUGUGUAGGACAGAAUUAGGUCAAGAGUCCAUAUUUGAAUUACCUGCCUGACACCAGGAUCCAUUGCACAAUAGCUAUUGUAUUAUAAACUAAUUUCUUCCUUUCUGUUGACCUAAAACACAUAUAAUAACAUACAGCAAAUGAGAGUCUCUGGAACAAAGGGACAGUGCCCGUCUGGGAAAACAACAAGGAAAGGGGGGAAGGAGAAUUACUAACAAAUACAAUUACACACCAUAUACCUGUAAUGGACACAGAGAGACUAAAACAUAUGAAUAAUCUGGGGACCUCCAUAAAGUGUCUGUCUUCAGCCCCCUGUGAUGCUAUAAGUACACACUUUGCUAGUGCCAAACCAUUUUAUUUUAUUUUUUUCAAAAUUAACGCAAGUCCCUGAAUAACCCUUCACGUGUGUGUGUAUGUGUGUGUGUGUAUGUGUGUAUAUAUAUAUAUAUAUAUAUAUAAUUUUUUUUUAUUUUUUUUUAAAAGAAGGCAACCUAAGGUAUUAAACUUGGGGUAUUUUGACUCUUUUCAUGCAACCAUUUUACCACCAAUUUAUGCCAAAUUUAAAAAACUAAAAGAAUAAUUGGUGAUUUUUUUUUUUUUUUCUACACACAUAGCAAUUUAAUAAUACAUGUACUGAGAACUUUAAGGGUUACUGCCAAACAACACCCCAAUAUGUGUUCAGCAACAUCUCCUGAGUACAGUGGUACCACCCAUGUAUAGGUGUGUCGGGAUCUCUGGGGGAUAAAAUAUCUUAUUUGGAGGGUGCGCAUUCCAGUUUUCCAACUUGGAAUUUUCACAGCUGGUCAUCAUGCACCCAUGUCCUAUUGGGACAUUUUUUAAGCCGGCCAAUGUAAUUUACCCCGAUCAAACCAUAUAUUUAUGAAAGGAAGACACCCUAGGGUAUUUCAAAUGGUGGUAUUUUAACACUUUCCAUGCACUAAUUCUACCUCCAGUCUUUGUCAAACUUUUCGGUAGUCAUUUGUUUGCGUUAUUUUUCUCUCACAUUGUACUUUAGGCAUGGAUUCUCAGCUCCUGUUAUGUGUUACUGACAAAGAACACCCCAAUAUGUGUUCAGCAACAUCUCCCGAGUACAACCGUGCCCCCAAUGUACAGGUUUUAUGGAUUUUUGCAAACUUGCAGGGGUCAAAUGUAGGGAUUUCCCCUUUUCCAUGUUUGCACAUUGCAAUUUGCCAGAUUGGUUUGCUGGGCCCAUGUUGCCUUUGAGACCGUAUAGCAGCCGUAUAGCAAUCCACAAAGGAUUCUGGGUGGGCAUAUGCAAAUUAGUUUAACAAAGAAUCACAUUUUUGCCUCAUUCCAUUUUAAACAUGGAUUCCACAUGUAUACAUUAUAUCCAAACAACCUUAGUUUUUUGUCUCCAUACCCCAUUAAGAACAUACUGAAAGGCAUACACAAAGCCAGUAACACUAGUCCACCUCUAAGGUUACCCGUUCACCAACCGAUAUUUAAGGAUAUGUCAGACUUAUUAGAUACAACCCCUUUCGAACAUGCCUCAAAUUCAGUAAUCAAAGCAGCUAUCUACUUGGCCUAUUAUGGCUUUCUUAGGCCAUGAUGCGCAUUCAGAACUGACGUCGGGAGGAGGAGGAGCGUUCCCCAGCGCCGAGGGAGCCCGGCGCUGGAGAAAGGUAAGUGUUUAACCCCUUCAGCCCCCUUGAGCCCAGCGGGAGUGGGACCCUGAGGGUGGGGGGAACCCAAAGACCCUAUAGUGCCAGGAAAACGAGUUUGUUUUCCUGGCACUAUAGUGGUCCUUUUGGCGUUCUUAUCUAGUCAAACAGCAAGAUUACUAUCAGUAGAAAUGUGAAAAGAAGCGCAAAAAUACAUACAGUGGUUAACAUAUAAAAGAAAACAUUUUAUUAUAGAGCAUAAAAUAUAUAUAAAAAGCUGUAUAUACUAGUUGUAUACUUGGAUAUAGUUAUCCUAUUGUAAAAAUUAUGCUAAAUAAAGUGUGCACACUAUUUUACAGGUAUUGCAUAAAAACAAAGAAAUUAAAAAAAUAAUAAAAAGAUGCAAAAAAUAGGAAAUAUGUGAUAAAAAUAUUUCCAACAAUGGAUAUGUAAAAAAAAGAGAAGGUUGAGAAAAAAGGUCUAGAUAUAAAAAUAAAUAUACUUUAAAAGUCCAACCUGAUUGAAGAGAGAGCUCUCUUUUUUCCUCCUGAUCUUGUGUCCUGAGUCUGCCUGUCAGUAUGUCUGUGGAUAGCUCAGUAAAGGAAUAUGCAGAGAAAAAUCUUCUUUUGGAGGGUGAGAUGGAUGUCAGCUGUUUUUUUUUUUUUUCUUUUUCUUCAUAUGCUUAUGCAGGUGUCAGCUGCUUUUAAACAAUACUAGAUGUCUGCUGCUUUUGAAUAAUACUAGUUGGUGGGAGAGUGGAGGUGAGUGUGCUGGUCUCCAGUCCCUCGUGUAGUAUUGGGGAUUCCCCUGUGUGUUGCCGUCGGAGCAGACAAUGCUUGUGAUGCUAUACUUUUACACCAUGUAAUACCCUUAGAGUGGCUGGAAGCGACCACGAUACGUCCGUUUUUGGAGAAGGCAGAGUGCAAUCCAGGCCAUAGGUCAAUUUGUUCUGUUGAGUUGUAUUGAAUUGUUGUGCUCUAUUUUGUUAAAAUUAGAGCAGUAUUGAGUGCUAUUGCUAUUAUUGCUGCUGUGUAUAGUGCUAUUUUGUCAAUUUAUGAGCAUGCCUAAAUAUGCAUUUGCAGAUAUGACUAAUGCAUAAAAAAAAUGAUGCUCUUUUAAAAUAACAUUCCAAACCUCUAAGGCACUCCAGCUGGCUGAAAUGCUUUAGGGGUUAACUCUUUCUCACAUUAUGAAGGGGCUGAUUUCAGGCGAAUUCGGCACUUUUAGAAAUUCUCUGUCACACAGCUGGGAGAAUGCUCUUCCUCGCUGCAGAUGUGACGGAUUGGUUUCCGUGCUUUUCUAUAAUAAAUUGCAGGCAUAUUUAUUUUUAUUUUUUUGGUACUCUUUGGGGCACAGUAAUUUGAAUGGGGUUUUAAACACUCUGGCAUUAUAAAUUAAGGUUAUUUUCCUUUUAAGUACAUGUGGUGUUUUAAUCUUAUAUGCUUGUUGUGCAAUCUGAAAUGUAAAUUUGAUUGGAAACGAUUAUGAUUAUCCAAUCAUUCCUUGUCUCGUGUUAAUUGGCUAAACCUUUUUAAGUUAAUGCAGUUUGUAAACUUUUAGACUUGUAUUUAAAAUUUUUGGAAAUAGUCCAAAUGUUGCAGUCAUUUUCUCAGUAUCUUUGCUUAAGAUUAUGGCUUUGCUUAUAAAAAAGACAUAGGCCUGGGGGUUAUCUGAAUAUCAAUCGGUGUUCAUUUUUGUCGACAAACAAUUUUAGUCGACUAAAACUAAAAUAAUUCAAAUCACUAAAAUACGACUGAAACUAAAAUGGCUUUUUAGUCAAAGGACUGACUAAAACUAAAUUGAAAUUUGCCGCCCAAAUAAACACUGCAAAGAGGGGCUGUAGAAGGGGCAAAAGAGACAGAGGCUUUAACUAAACCCAUUAGAUUAUAGUCAUGUCGAUUAAAAUCUACUGGAGAUUUAGUUGACUAAAACAAGAUUACUAAAAUAUGACAAACUAAAUAAAAAUUUGCCACCAAAAUGAACACUGGUACCAAUGUUUGUAAAUUAUAACAACAUCAUCCACUACAGAGUAAUAAGGUACUUUUUAUAAAAUUCACAGUGUCAACAUACUAUUACAAUUAUCUAUAUAGCGCCAACAUAUUCAGCUGUGCUGUACAACAGGAUGACUAUACAUCCUGACAAAACACGCAUGACAUAAUAAAACAGAAGGUAAAGAGGGCCCUGCCAAAAUCUAUAGAUGCAUUGAAGCUUAAAUAGAGAUUUUAACAAAUUGACCUCUAUUAAAAUUGGGUGAUUAUAGGACUGUAAACGACCUUUAGGAUUGACGGAAUUUCCAAAGAUUACUGCAUUUAACUCUUUGGUUUAUUUUUGACGGUCUAAUAAUCUAUAUUAUGCGGGGCCGGCGUGUCCUGUAGGCGACUUAGGCAGUUGCCUAGGUCGCACCAGCCCUGGGGGCAUCAGAUUUGAGUGACCCGGCAGGAGGGAAGCACACAGGACCACUAAGAUGGGGGGAACCACUGGGGAGGACCACUAAAAAGGGGGGGGAGAGGGAGGACCACUAAAGGGGGGGAUGACCACUAAAGGGAGGAGAGGGAGGACCACCAAAGAGAGGAGGACCACCAAAGGGGAGGAGAGGGAGGACCACCAAAGGGGAGAGGAGGGGAGAGGGAGGACCACCAAAGGGGAGGAGAGGGAGGACCACCAAAGGGGAGAGGAGAGGGAGGACCACGAAGGGGAGAGGAGAGGGAGGACCACCUGAAGGGAGAGGAGAGGGAGGACCACCGGGAGAGAGGAGGAGAGGAGAGGGAGGACCACAAGGGGAGAGGAGAGGAGGACCACCUGGGGAGAGGAGAGGAGGACCACUAAAGGGGAGGAGGAGAGGGAGGACCACCAAAGGGGGGAGGAGAGGAGGACCACCAGGAGGGAGGACCAGGAGGAGGGAGGACCACUGGGGAGGAGGAUCACAAAGGAGGGGGGAGAGGGAGGACCACAAAGGGGGUGAGGAGGGAGGACCACAAAGGAGGGGGGGGGAGGAGGACCACCAAAGGAGGGGGAAGAGAGGGAGGACAACUAAAGGGGCGCGGGAGAGGAGGACCACUAAAGGGGGAGGAGAGGGAGGACCACAGGGGUGAGGAGAGGAGGACCACUAAAUGGGGGGGAGGACCACUGAGAGGGAGGACCACUAAAGGGAGAGGGAGGACCACCAAAGGGGGUUGAGGAGAGGGAGGACCACUAAAGGGGGGUUGAGGAGAGGGAGGACCACAAAUGGGGGGUUGAGGAGAGGGAGGACCACUAAAUGGGAGGAGAGGGAGGACCACUAAAUGGGGGGAGGGAGGGGAGGACCACAAAUGGGGAGGAGAGGAAGGACCACUAAAUGGGGAGAGGAGGAGGAAGGACCACCUACUAAAUGGGGAGGAGAGGAGGACUACUAAAUGGGAGGAGAGGGAGGACUACUAAAUGGGGAGGAGAGGGAGGACUACUAAAUGGGGAGAGGGAGGACUACUAAAUGGGGGAGGAGAGGGGACUACUAAAUGGGGGAGGAGAGGGAGGAUGGGGAGGAGAGGAGGACUACUAAAUGGAGGACUAAAUGGGGGGAGGAGGAGGGAGGACCACUAAAGGGGGGAGGGAGGACCACCAAGAGGAGGGGCUGCACUAAGGGACAGAGUGGUAGGGGAGAUCACUAAGGAACAGGAGGGGGUAGCUCUGAGGCAUCGGUGGGGAGAGCACCAAAAAAAAAAAUAGGUGCUCCCCUCUCGGCCCCUAUCCUACCCCACAAACCCUCUCAUUCACACUGCACACAUACACAAUGCAUCCUUACACAUACACAGAAGCAAAGAAUGCAUAAACACACACUACACCCCCUAUACACACACUACACCCCUUACACAAAUUGGUAUCCCUACACACUACAUUCCAUAAGAACACACACACAUUACAUCUUCUACAAUAACACAUAAUACAUCCCCUACACAAAUACACUCCACUCCUUGUGAGCGAACUCAUGUGUGGGCCAUGUAGGUUGACUAAUGGGUGGACCUUGUAGGCAUACUCCCGGUCAGACUCUGGGGGCCCCUUGAGCUGUGUAAGGGGCCCCCAAAAAUGGAGCUGCUUCCUGUUCUUUGAUUUUUGUGAGCACUGUUAGUCUCCAGAGAGCCUCUUCUACGCCAGACUUCAGCUUGAGCCCAUCAUCAUCCUCUUGUCUUCAUCUGGCGAGAAAAAUCCUUGAACUGGCACUGAUAUUAUGUUCACUUAUUGCCACCUAAAUCUGCAUUGUAGGCCUCUGGUUUUCAUUGAUGGUCUACAGAUUAUGUGUGUGUGUAUGGUUAAAAUGGCUAAUCUCCUUCUGGAAUUAUUCCUCUGAGCUGUCCUGUGGGACUAGCGCCAACAGCUCUUCACCCUGAGCUGUAUUUUAGAACAUUGUUUUAUUUAUAGAUGUUACGAACAAUCUGCACAUCUUCACAAUCACUGCAUUCCCAAACCAGUUAUUAUUUACGACUGAUCCCAUUUAUGUGAACGUGAAACUGUCACUUCACAGGAGACAUCCUCUUUCAUUAAUUUCGCUGAAAUUCCAGAAUAAUCAAAAGACAUACAUGGGACAAAAUAAGGAUCUCUUUUGAAGAAUUCCAAGACUGCAAAAAUAGCUGGUUAAAGGACCACUCUGCACCCUUAAAGGACUUCAAACUGCUCAAGUGCUUUAUGGGUGAAGAGUAUCCCGUAAUAAAUAAUUUCUUCGAGAAAUCAGCAAUAUUCUAAAUAAAUAAUGACACGCCCUUGGCUGUUAAACAGCCAGGAAGGUUUCUUCCUCCUCCUCCCGUUAGCUUGAGCACGCCUGACUCCCCUCCUCAUACCUCAGAUUAGAAUUCUGUAAGUACGAACGCAUGCAUGGGGGGAGACCUUCUUAGGCUGUCUCCAUCUCUUCUGGGAAAAAGGGUCAGGACUUGCAAGGAUUGCAUUUCAUAUGAACUACAGCUUUUGCUAGCUCUUUUAAGAUAUACCACUAAUGAAUACUUGCAUUAAAACAUGCAUGCAUGUAUUUAUUGGGCGUAUAUCUACAAAAUAUUGAUAUCUACAUUUUUGUUUUGCCUAUUCGGGAAGUGAUGUAUUCCUUUAAAUCCUUCGGUUCCCAUCAUUACACAAAACGCUUGGUGAAAGUAAACCUUCAUGUACUCUCAAUGUACACAGCCACUCCCCUUCUGUAUUCCCUCACUGUACACAGCUGGUUGAAGCCACUCCCUUGCAUUUAGUUAUCCUCCCACCCCCCAUUUAGUGGUCCUCCCUCCCCCCCCCCAUUCUGUUACUGAAUGAAUCCACUGCCCCUAUGCAGUCAUUCCUUCACUAUGCAGAUCUGCCUGAAGUCCCUGCAUUUCCCUUCCGCUCACAGAGCUAGCUAUUACAAUGUGUCAACACAGUAAAGGAGGAGACUAUAUUUAAAAGAAGAAAAACUACCACAACAAGAGGACAUAGUCUUAAAUGAGAGGGGCAAAGGUUUAAAAAUAAUAGGAAGUAUUACUUUACUGAGAGGGUAGUGGAUGCAUGGAAUAGCCUUCCAGCUGAAGUGGUAGAGGUUAACACAGUAAAGGAGUUUAAGCAUGCGUGGGAUAGGCAUAAGGCUAUCCUAACUAUAAGAUAAGGCCAGGGACUAAUGAAAGUAUUUAGAAAAUUGGGCAGACUAGAUGGGCCGAAUGGUUCUUAUCUGCCGUCACAUUCUAUGUUUCUAUGUGUCAAACAGUGUUCCUCUGAUGUAGUCAGACUCAAGCUCCCAUAAUUCUACUGCAGUCAAUUGAAUUUGGGAGUUGUAGUCUAUCAACAUUGAGGAUACUGGAGUAUGACAGCCCUGAGUUAGAUUAUCUCCUUUUUGGGUGAAAUCAAAACUGUGAAUUUUGUUCUGAUCAAUGUUUUACUUUACUUUGCUUAAACCCUUAAGGACACGUGACAUGUGCGACAUGUCAUGAUUCCCUUUUAUUCCAGAAGUUUGGUCCUGAAGAGGUUAUUAAAGGAGCAUGCAUUACUCAAUAUUUAUUUAUUUUUUAAACCAGCAAGUUAACGCUUAUAAACAGAUGUGCAAUCAAAAAUAAAUCCAGAAAUACUUUUUGAAAACAUAAUAAACCUUUUAUAAAAUUACUAUAAUGCAUGGCUGAACUCAUCUAUUAGCUAGGGGAGUGUUUUCAGUCUGUCCAUCCCCUCCUUCCCUCACUCCACACCUCCUAUCUCCCCCACCCUUUUCGUGCAGCACCAUGAGAGAGAAACCCGCUAGCACCAGAGCCUGCUCUCCAUGACCACACUGAGCAGACACCCUCUCUUCUCUCCCUGUCAGGAUGUUGAAGUGAAGAGAUCUUCCAACUGCACUUGUGCAAAUCUGUCAGGCAGGCCAAAUGCACCUUUUCAGCUUUCCUAAGGAAAGGACUCUGAUUGGUUAGAUUAUUGCCCCCCCUGGAGUGGGUGUGGAAAGCAUAAGAAAGAAGAAGCAAGUAAAUAUAGUUUUCCUGGCACUGCAGGAUCCUGUAGUGCCCCUCUCCAGCCCACCCCCCAUCCCAAGUUGCUGGAGUGACUUACCGGAGGGACAUCGGCGCUGGGUCAAGCUCCUCACGCACAUUAGACCUCCCCAUAGGGAAGCAUUAUAAAAUGCUUUCCUAUGGGGAUUUUGUGAGGACGUCCAGCGUCGUAUAACACACUUUUCGUGUUCUAAGAACACGGAAGUCCCUCUAGUGGCUUUCUGAUAGACAGCCAAUAGAGGAGGACUUAACCCUGCAAGGUAAUUAUUGCAGUUUAUGAAAACUGCAAUAAUUACACUUGCAGGGUUAAGGGUAGUGGAAGUUGGCACCCACACCACUCCAAUGAGCAGAAGUGUUCUGGGUGCCUGGAGUGUCCCUUUAAUUUUACCUGAUUUUUCAGCAUGUUGAGUGAGGCAACUGUGUCAUUCAAAUUUAUGCAUGUGUUUUUUUUUUACUGACUUUCAGCAGUCAGAGUUGCUGACGUGUAUCUUCCGCAGUACAUGCCAUGUAAAACUAAAACUGUACUUUAACUUAUUUAUUUUCUAAAGCACUAUUGCACUAAAGAACUAUUUGCAAAAGUGUGGUAAUGAGAAAAAAAACAGAAAAUUGGCUGUGGGAGUACAUCCUGAGGCAGAUUUUGAAACCGUGAUUUAUCGAUUUAUCCUUGCCUAGUGUAUAAAUCUGUUGUUUUGUGUCUUUUUUACAGUGUAGCAUAGAGGAUUUUGUAAAAGAGUGAAUUUAUAGCUCCAUGUAUUAUGCUCUGUUAUAUAUCAAAUGAGUUCAAAUCUAUUCCACAUUUAGUUUCAAGAUUGCUUUACAUAGUACUUAUGUAAAGUUAAGUAUUUUGUUUUAACUUUGUGUCUUAGAGCUGUGCUCUACAAAGACUGGGAUGUCAUGGUCUGUUUUCUUGAACGGAUCUUUCAGGGCUCAGAUUCCUGCGGAGGGGGUGGGAACAUGUCCUCCCCCUUUUGUGUUUGUGACAGUAUUUUAUAUAGCAUUUGCUUCCGGACUUGUUGAGCUCCUAGAUCCUGCUCGUUACAUGUUACAUGUUGCAGUAGUUGUAUGAUGAUGGAGAUAUGAUUAGAAAAGAAUGUAUUUUCAGGAGUUGGGUACAUAAGUGAGGGUUUUUUCCCUUGUAUUUUCUAGCUCAUCUUACAACUAGGCAGGGUAGGUUUUAGAGCACAGAGAGCAUGUAUAUAUGUGGGUUUUUUUUAAAUUAAUUUUUAUUUUUAAUUUAUAACUUUUUUUUUUUUUUUUUUUAUAAAUAAGUUUCCUGAACAAAAGUGCCCCUGGUUUUAUAGUAUAGCAUUUUCACUUGCAGUGAAACCUGAUAAACAUACCUUGUUAUUUACAGCAGACCAGACAGUGUUACAAUGAAAUGAUGAACAUUGUGACGUUGUGAACAUUCUGUGUCGGUUGCAGGUAUUGGACGAAUAGCGGCUACAUCGUUGGGAAACUUAACAAAUCACAGUACUGAAGACAUGCCUCUUCCUCCCGGAUGGACUGUAGACUGGACUAUACGGGGAAGGAAAUAUUACAUCGAUCACAACACAAACACUACACAUUGGAGCCAUCCCCUGGAGAGGGAAGGUUUACCCCCUGGCUGGGAACGAGUGGAGUCAGCUGAAUUUGGAGUGUAUUAUGUGGAUCAUAUCAAUAAAAGAGCCCAGUAUAAGCACCCGUGUGCACCAAGGUACGUUUUAAAUGUAUGUAAUGUGUGUGUGUGUGUGUAGUUUGUCUGACAUUGUAAUUGCUAAUUCUUUAUUUAUUUGGGUUAUAAACCCAUAUGUAUAUGUGUGUUACCGAAUCCUGAUAAUCAUUAGAACGGCAUAGCUUGAGCAAUAUAAGUGAGUAAAGUUCCGAAAGUGUGUCAGUCACCAUGGAAACUAGGGAAAACAAAAAUAACUUUCCAUUGGUAAUUACUUCCUUUAUUUUUUUUUCUUCUGAUCACAACACUUUAAAAUAUCACCACCCUUAGUCUGCAGAAUCUGGAAUAGGAGAGGUACAGUGAGGGGGUGGAAGCUAUGGGUUUUUGCCUAUUGAAGUCUAGUUUACUUUCACAGUUGUUGAAAGCAACUUUGACUUGGUGUGCUCAUUCCUCUGCUUCAUCUUUACUUUACUUGUGCAGCGUUCCCAGGUAUGACCAGCCACCUCCUCUCCCUCCACCCAUUACGUAUCAGCCUCAGCAAGUCGAAAGGAGCCAGCCACUUCUGGUGCCUGCAAAUCCAUACCAUACAGCCGAGAUCCCCGACUGGCUUCAGGUUUAUGCCCGUGCUCCUGUAAAGUGAGUCUUCUACAUUUUAAUUGUGGCAUUAGAAAAAUAGCUUAAUUUUAUAAAGGUGGCAGUAAAGUGUACCAGAUUAUUUGUUUUGUGUGUGUAUUUUAAAUCAAUCAAUUUCUUUACAGAAGUCACAGCUAUUCUGUUUGCUUACGUUCUGUAUUAACUGCAUAAAGCUUUUACUUGUUCUGUGUUGAAGGAGCUAGUUUGAUACUUCCAACAGCUGUUUUUAACUCGAACCCAAGUCCAACAUUGCUCAGAAGAGGGUUUUGUUAUUGUUUGUGGGCUGAACCAAACUCUAAGGCCCGCCAUGUUUCCUUCUAUGAAUAAAACUGGAAAUUGAAACACUUGUGGAAACCAAAUAGAAGUACAAUGAAUGCUUGCUGUCAAGGAUAAUUAAAAGUUGAAUUAAUUUGAUAGACAUUUUAAUGUACUUGGUCUGUCUAUGGGCUUAAUUACACAUUAUACUGCUGUUUUACAAUUGACAAAUGGCUUUGACCUUUCUGUGUUGAUAACAAUAAAGUAAAGGUAAAAAGGACUGUUCUAACAAGAAUAGAAGACAGACAAAUCUUCCUCCCAAAUUUACUCAGAGUAGGAAAAUGUUUGGAUGAACAGGUGGUGAAAGAUCGAUCUAUGCAAUUCUAAUGCUUAGACAUAAGAGUGGACUCACCCAUAUACUGGUGUUGUGGAAUAAACACAGGCUUCCUUCAACACAUCUGGUGUUCCUGUAAAGAGAUCAGACCCUACUGGAAAAAGAUCAGGAACACUAUAGUCACUGGCAAUGACGGUCCAUAUUCACAAACGACCAUACUUUUCCAUCUAACCGGCGAACUGCUUUCCAAAUAUAAAUACUCCCCAACAUAUUUUCUUCUGAUGGUCUCAAAGGAAUUUAUUUAAAAGCAUGUGGAAAUACCCCCAAAAAACACCCAUCGAGGCUUGGUUAAUGAGGUUGGAGCCAUACCACACUUUGGAAGAAUUAAGAUGGUCCGCUCUACAGAAUCCCCCCCAAAAUACCUAGCAAUAUGGCUACCUUGGAUAGACCACAUGAGAGCCAAGUGUAACUAAUAUAUACAGUGGGACCUUGGUUUACAAACGCCUCAGUUAACAUAAUUUUCGGUUUACAAAUGAAAAUCCAUUGAAAAUAAUGCCUCAGUUUACAAAAAAUUUUCGCAAUACAAAGCAAGUUUCCCCAGGAUGCAUUGCACCUGGGAGGUUUAUAGCACCGCCCCCUGCAUGCUGGAGCCUGUGGGUAGCACGUGGUGUCGAGUGUGGAGGUGUUGGAGCGGCUUUUGCAUCAAGUUUUGGAGCCAUUCUGGAAAUAGUUUGCAGUUGUUUUGGGACUUUUUGGUGCAUUUCUCAAGCUGUGGAAAGGUAGGGAGCUGAGCUUUGUCGUUUGCAUGCCUUUUAUUGUGUGUUCUGCAUUGUGGGUUGGUUUCUAUGCCAGCUCAUAUUAACUUUUUUCUGACCUCCAGAACAGAUUAAUUGGUUUUCAAUGCAUUCCUAUGGGAAACUGCAUUUUGGUUUACAAAUUUUUCGCAAUAAGAAACAUCUCGGAGAACGCAUUAAAUUUGGAAACAGAGGUCCCACUGUAUAUCCAUUUCUUUUUGGCUUACAAGCAGCAUUUUACAUUGUAACAGUUAUAUGUUCCUUGAGCUUUGUUUUGUAUCCAAGAAUGUUUGUUUAUUAAGAACUUGAAUUAAGCUAUGUAAAACGUGGAUUCAAUCAUAUCAGGAGCAGAUUUCCAUUAGAUCACUCACUAGAGUGUGUCAUUUUUUAGAACAUAAAUCCAGUUAUUUAACGAGGAAUCCUACCCAGAAGUAUUGGUUGUUUGUGUUCUUAUACCGUAUAUCUAACAAAUGGGUAUUUGAGUUGUGCGAAAUAAAAUAUAAAUGUAGAAUUCAAAAUGUCUUUAUCCUGCAACUGCGCUACUCCAUUGUAGUUUGCUGUCUCAUUGUUAUAAGCUCUGUCUUUUUUGCACCUCGCGAUCAGCAGACGCUUACUCUGCUUUCAUAUCGGGAGGACCUGGAGGCAGGGGGAGGGAUCUGGGAAGUAGCUAUCCUGUCCUCCCGCGAACAGGCUGUGUGGAGCGUUGUCGCGUGUUCCCAUGGCAACGCUCCACAUAGCAUUGCGCUGGAGGACAGGAGAGCUGCAGCCAGUCACAUACCACAAGGACAUGGCACUCCUUCCCCCACACGCGCACACACAGAACCCCCAGACACACUCUGCACUCGUACACACAAACACAUACACUGCACUCCUCAAUGCAGUGUAUGUAUUCAGCAGUCUGUGUGUGUGUAUUCAGCCGACUGUGUGUGUGUAUUCAGCGGUCUGCCUGUGUGUAUGUAUUGCAUUUGUUACAUACCUGAAAAGAGACUUGCGUCCAUAAAGUUCAGCCUUCCUCACAUCAUUUUUUUUGCUGUUGAUCCUAAAGAAGGCAAAAACCUAAUCUGAAGUGCUUCCAAUUUUGCAACAAACUAGGAAAAAAUUCCUUCUUGACCCCAAAAUGGCAGUCAGAUAUGUAUUAUGCAACUAUUACCCCACUAAUAAGAAAUGAUAUCCCUGUAUGUUAUGUUUUUUGCAAGUAUGUAUCCAAUUUCUGUUUAAACAUCUGUAUUGACUCUGAUAAAACCACCUCUUCAGGCAGAGAAUUCCAUAUCCUUAUUGCUCUUACUGUAAAAAAAAACCUUUUCUUUGGUGAAAUCUUCAUUCUUCCAGCCUAAAUGCGUGACCUUGUGUCCUAUGUAUAAACCUGUUUAUGAAUAGAUUUUCAAAUAAUGGUUUGUACUGGCCCCGAAUAUAUUUGUAUAAUGUUAGCAUAUCCCCUCUGAGGCCCUGUUUUUCCAAACUAAAGAGAUUUAAAUUUUUGAACCUUUCUUCGUAACUUAAGUGCUCCAUUCCUUUAAUCAAUUUUGUAGCUUGUCUCUGUACUUUUUCUAGUGCCAUGAUAUCUUUCUUUAGAACAGGUGCCCAAAAUUGCACUGCAUAUUUAAGGUGUGUUGGAGAAACUAAUAAGUAUAAGCUUAAUUUUAUCUAUAAUUUAUAUCAUCAUUUAUAAUUUGUAUCAUUGAACUCUCUGUUGUGUUCUUCUUUUAAGUUACACAUAAGUUAAUCCUUGCGUUGCCAAGGGUUCCUUAAUUAUUUUGCCCACCGGCUGCUUGUGCUUCCAACUCAGAAACUGUAAUUCAGAUUGUUGCUUGCUUGCCUAAGAGCAAGUGAAUGAUAAUUUGCAAAUAUGCUUGCUGCUGGAUGCAGUCAUUCGCUGUUUAGUUUAAACGGAUUCUGAAUCCUAUACUUUGUAAGGGUUCGGAUGCGCACAGCACUGAUUUUAAUCCUGACACCGAAUGCAUGCUCAGUGUUAUGGAUUCCGGUAAAUUGAAUUUCAGCUGAAAUUAGCUUCAAUAAAUAUGAGAAUUGAUUUUCUGCUCAGAGUUUGAUGUUCCAGGAGGGAUAAGCCAAAUGGCAAAUGAUUUAGGUAAACUAGAAAAAUGGUCAGAGUUCUGGCAACUGACAUUUAAUGUGGAUAAGUGCAAGAUAAUGCAUCUUGGACGUAACAACCCAAGGGCAGAGUACAUAAUAUUUGAUAGAGUCCUAACCUCAACAUCUGAGGAAAGGGAUUUAGGGGUGAUUAUUUCUGAUGACUUAAAGGGACACUAUAGUCACCCAGACCACUUCAGCUCAAUGAAGGGGUUUGGGUGCAAUGUCCCUCAGGUUUUAACCCUUCAGAGCCCGGCGCUGGAAUAAGGUAAGCUGCUUAAGGGGUUUUAACCUUUAGCGCCACGGGAGGGGGACCCUGAGGGUGGGGGCACCUUCAGGGCACUAUAGUGUCAAGAAUACCGCUUUGUUUUCCUGACACUAUAGUGAUCCUUUAAAGGUAGGCAGACAAUGCGUGACCUUGUGUCCUAUGUAUAACCGUUUAUGAAUAGAUUUUCAAAUAAUGGUUUGUACUGGCCCCGAAUAUAUUUGUAUAAUGUUAUCAUAUCCCCUCUGAGCAGCCAGAAAUGUUAGCAGAAUGCUUGGUUGUAUAGGGAGAUGUAUUAGCAGUAGAAAGAGGGAAAUGCUCAUGCCAUUGUGCAGAACACUGGUGAGACCUCACUUGGAGUAUUGUACACAGUACUGGAGACCGUAUCUUCAGAAGGAUAUUGAUACCUUUAGAGAGGGUUCAGAGAAGGGCUACUAAACUGGUUCAUGGAUUGCGGGAUAAAACUUACCAGGAAAGGUUAAAGGAUCUUAACAUGUAUAGCUUGGAGGAAAGUCGAGACAGGGGGGAUAUGAUAGAAACAUUUAAAUAUAUAAAGGGAAUCAACACAGUAAAGGAGGAGACUAUAUUUAAAAGAAGAAAAACUACCACAACAAGAGGACAUAGUCUUAAAUUAGAGGGACAAAGGUUUAAAAAUAAUAUCAGGAAGUAUUACUUUACUGAGAGGGUAGUGGAUGCAUGGAAUAGCCUUCCAGCUGAAGUGGUAGAGGUUAACACAGUAAAGGAGUUUAAGCAUGCGUGGGAUAGGCAUAAGGCUAUCCUAACUAUAAGAUAAGGCUAGGGACUAAUGAAAGUAUUUAGAAAAUUGGGCAGACUAGAUGGGCCGACUGGUUCUUAUCUGCCGUCACAUUCUAUGUUUGGCCAUUUUCACCAGAAGUUGUCCAUCCAUCCAGACAAAAUGUGGUGUUAAAUGAACAAUAAUGAGAGUGCUUAUCAAUCAAGUAUGCUCCAGUUUAUUCCUUCAAAAUUCUUGAGGUAGUCUUGAUUGCCCUACAUUUUUGUUUCUGCAAACAAGCGUUUUUAGGUUUUAUUGGAAAUGUUUUAGAAACUUUUCCUAAACUGUUCCAAACAGCUGUGCUUUUGAUUUACUCUGGAAUUUGGUUUCCUCAUAAUGAGUUUCCAAAACUAUUUUGUUUAAUCCUUGAGACUCCAUCGUUUGCUUCACUGCCAUUUGCGUUCUGAGCAGGGUUUUACGCGGUAGCUUUGUUCAAUUAAUUGACGUGCUGCUUCAUCUGCCCUCACUAACCAGCUGAGCUGACAGAGGUAGAUGACCCAGGAUACUCACGUGUUGUUUGGAUUCUGCAUUGGAAUUACUCUGGCACCUAAGCUUUUUAGUUUGUUUUUGUUUGUGUCAUCUCAAGUGGCGAAGAAAGGGACUUAAUUAUGUUUUUCCUAGAAAGUUUAUGUAGUAGUAUUUUUUUGUUAGACCAUUUGCUUGCUUUGUGUUGAUACAAUUUUACUGCAAUGGGGCACAUCAAGUACUAUAACCACUUAUACUCCUUGCACAGGUUGUAGUGCAAGGAGUUUCCUUCCUAAAGAGAUUUGCCAUCUACAGUGUCUUAGUCCCCAUUUAGCUGUCUGUCCCGCAAGGUUUAAAAAGAUAUUCCCUUUUAUAACACGCCACGCUGCUCUCUCCCUCCUUGGCUGAGAUUAUCACGCUUAAAUGAAAGCAUUGCAGGAUAGCGUGAAUAUUUAGCAAAUCGCUGUGCCAACCACACAUUUCAACUGAUUGAAAUAGCGAAGUUUCGGAGGAAGCACAUCUAAGAUGAAGUGGCCUUGGUGCCUAGUGUCCAUUUAAUAAAGAAAAGGCUGAACUACUUGUCACAGGAAAACCAGGGGGAGAGAAUAGAAUUGCCUUACUGAAUUGACAAGAUUUGUGGAAUGUUAAUAAAAAAAAUUAAAAAAAAGCUGUUUUAGCAAAACAAAAAUGUUGCUUCCUGUCAGCUUAGGAAGUCAGCCCCCCAACCCAUUUUAAUUGUUACUUAUGCUGCAGCCCCUCUGCACUUCUCUAAUUGCAGAGCAUUACAGAAACACCUAAUUGACUUUUAUGGAUUUUCUUUCUUAUUCUUUUUUUAUUUUGUUUUGUUUAGAAGGAAUGCAAACACAUAUUUGCCCAGGGACAACAGCACACUUUAUACAGUUCCAAAUGUCAUAUGUGUACAAUGUCACUUGGGCCACAAUAUGACUUUUUUUUAACCUUGGUAGAGCAGACAAUCUACACUAUUGUCUGAUAUGUAUUUUCGUCAUACAAUAUCUCUGUUCUUUCAAUAGUACCCUGCCCCUGGGUCUGGCUAGCAACACUGAUACUAGUUCCUCAAGUUGGUUUGGAAGCAAACAUGAUCCAUUUAUUGUGAACUAUGUAAACAUAAUGACUCCUUUAUCUUCUUUAUAUAUACUUUUUGUAACUUCAUGGGUUCAGGGUAGACUGUCCCAGUACGUCACUUGACGUAGUUUAAAUUGGCCACCACGCCUUGUUUUCUCAUAUACUGUAUUGAGUGUCCAGUCCUGAAACUACAGGAACUGCCUUUUAACCUUGAGAAUAAGAAAUAAUGUUGAAAUGCUGGUAUCUUUAAUUUAAUUGUUUUUUGGUUGUUUUUAUUUUUGUUAUUUUUAAAGAAACUCUCUUAAUUCAAAACAACUUCCCUUCUGUCACACACACCCUCCCCAAAAAUCUUUAUGAAACACUCCCAUGGGACUACUUUCUCCUAGUAUAUUUCCUAUACUUGACAAAGGGGCUUGUUACUUCUGUCAAGUUUUAUCAUUUCCCUCCGCUGAGGUGAAAAAAGAGCUUUGUCUAUGGUGGAUAUAGACCUCGAUGUUUUACUCGUGCACAUGUGUAGGACCGGUUCAGUUGAGUAAAACUCACCCUGCGGCAAUCACACUCCUAGUGGAACAAUCAUAGUCAGACAUGUGCAAAAUAUACCAAGUCAAUAGACUGAAGGUAGGCAACCUUAGGCACUCCAGAUGCCGUGGACUACAUCUCCCCAAUACCUUGCCAGCAUUGUGUAAGAGCAUUGUGGGAGUUGUAGUCCACAACAUCUCGAGUGCUGAAGGUUGCUUACCCUUGCCCUAGACAAUGAUAGGACCUCUUUGAGAAGUCUCUGGGCGCAGCCUGAACUCAAGGGGUUAAGCUGUUGGGUCCUGUCUGCCCCUUCUGCCAUGUUCUUCCCUAUGGCCAAUGAACUCCUUAUGCUUCUGCUUGGGUGGCAGUGAUUGGCUGAGGUGAGCUAGUCACUAAAUCAAAAGUAUUGGACGAGGGCCAUGAACACACACGAAAAAAGGAGUGGAAAUGCAUGUCUGUUUAUUUCAGUACGAACAGAUUUGUUCACUAUUUGUCCACUGUUUAGGCUAUUGUGGCCUAAAUUUUUUUUUUUUUUAAAUUAGAUCACAAUUUGCAGCAAUCCAUAUUCCUUAGCGAUUAACAAUGUGUUUUUUUUUUUUUUUUCCAUUACAUGUAAUAACUAUGCUAUAAUAGCCGCUGAUGAUGUCACAGUCCUAGUAGAUCACUUGGAGAAUAAGCAUUCUUUAGUGUUUUAUAUUAUUUGGUUGUUGGCAGCAAAAGUUUAGCUUUUUUUUUUUUUUAUACCAGUAUGCCACUACUAUAUCACAAAGCAUUUAAAGAAUUGAUGUACCUUCUCUAACUGACAGAAAUCCCAUAGAGUUAUUGUUUGGAACUGACAUGUACAUUGAGCUCCCUUCACCAGGCACAGAAAACAAGUGCACGUGUUUUUAUAUGAUUUGAUGGAACGUUCAUUAACCUCUACAAGACUGAUGGCUCCCCGAACUUGUUAUGGAAGGAUUAGAUUAGAUGUUCUAUUAGAGGAACUUUUUAUUUGAUUAGCAAAGGCUGUCCUUUUGGGAAAUAAUAAAGUGGCAUUUGCCCAGAUAUAAACAGAUGCACUGCCAGAAAAGACUGUCCCAUGAUUCUGCUGGAAACCAUAUCAUAAAGUGGGGGGUGGGAGAUGGGGGUGAGGGGUGAGAGUGACAAAAAGUGUAUUUAUAAUAAAUGAUGAAGUGUUAUCUGAUUAUACUGCCCUCGAUAGAAACACCACAUUUAUUUAGAUUGCUCUGUGAUUUCUUAUCUUGCAUCCAAGCAAAGAAUGUACUCAUUGCACCAGCUAUGCAAAGCACCAUUCUAUGUCUGUGAGCUUAGACUUGCGACCACACUCCCUCUUUUGCCACACAAUUUAUCCAUGUUUGUCAAAGCGGUCAUACAAUUUGUGCAAAUACUAUUCUGCCUCUUUGGGAAUCUUUGUUGCCUCUUGUUUAAUGAAUAUUGCAUUCUUUGUGGUAAGCCAUGACGUCUCUGUUCUAAUUGCCAUUUAUUUUCUAGAUGACUGAUACUGCUAAAUGGCAGUCAAUCUAAUACGACUCACGUCUGCAGCUGCCUUUGUAAUUGCGACUUGAUUUUUACAUGUUUGAACUCACUUUUCAUGUGGUGUUUAUUUUGUUUACUCUUUGUAUACUGAACGCUGCUAAAAAGUUCUGCGCAGUAUAUAUAGUUUGCUUGCACUCCAUAUUAAAAGUUCUCCUUUAAUUGAACUUGAGUCACACACAGAAGGCUGUUGUAGGCUCUAGCAGGCAACUAACAUAGGAGGAGAUAAUAGAAUCUAAGUUAAACACACUGUGCAAUAAGGGAAGCUUAGAAAAAUGAGCUCGAUGUCAGGAAGUGUAGGGUCUCAAGUUAGUCUCACCCUGUGAAUCUGUCAUGGGAAGUAUGGCUGCAUAAAAGUGAUUUAAAUGACCACUAAAGUCACCUAGGCCACUUCAUCUCAAUGAAAUUGUGUGGGUGCAGUGGUCCGGUCCUUUUUACGCUACAAUGUAAAUCACUGCAGUUUUUUAGAGUAGAAAUACACCUCUAGUGGCUGUAUUCCUAACGGCCACAAGAGGCGCUUCCAUGGCACUGACUGAUUAAAACUAUUGCGUGGUGCCGAAGCCCCCAUAGGAAAAAAAGUGAGUCAAUGCUUUUCUACGGGGAAGCUUGAAUGUUUGUUUGCCACAAUGAAGAGCAUUGGUGUGGACCACGGCAGAGGAGGCCAGACAUACUCCAUGACGUUCGAGAGGCGGAGAGAUGUGCAGGAAAAAGGUAAGUAAGCAUUUAAUUUAUUUUUUUUCCAAGUAGAUAGACUUUGCUUGCCCUUUCUCCGUUGGUAUGGAAAUAACGCUCUACCACUCUUUAUUUGUAAAACUAUUUUAAAAAGUGCAGAUUUACAUAGAAAGUGGCACUUUCAUAAAUUAUCUGUCAGCCAGACAACUGGUCCUUUUACUUCCUGGUUAUUUAGUUUUAGUAGAGCUAAACUCAAGAGGCAGACAACUGGUCCUUUUACUUCCUGGUUAUUUAGUUUAGUAGAGCUAAACUCAAGAGGCAGACAACUGGUCCUUUUACUUCCUGGUUAUUUAGUUUAGUAGAGCUAAACUCAAGAGGCAGACAAUUGCCCAGAACACCUAGCUUACAAAUAUUUCUCAAUAGGCUGCAUUUGGGAAGUGUAAUUGGAACAGCUCGGAAAGCUGACUGGAAAAGGUGGGGGCUUGCAAAGGCUUCAAACAAGAUCUGCAACUUUUGCAAGGUGUUAAGUUAUGCCCCAAAUGAUAAAAUACAUAAUUAAAUACGUGUUUUCCCUACUAAACAGUGGGAGGGUUUUUUUUAUUUAUUUUUAUAUGGCAAUAAGAGAGAAGUGCUUUUUAUCCCACUUUAAUAGGCACAUAUCUUCUUCUUUCCUUUUUUUUUUUUUUUUUUUAAUUUUUUAAUACAGAAUGUGUCGAUUUGGUCUUGUGAUUUAUGAUCCCUAUUGCAUCUCCAGAGUGCUGAAAACUAUGUAUACGGUUUUGUUGUUCCUUAAGCUCAAUGUAUCCUGUUUGCAUGGCAUUUACAGCUAUAGGGUCUGGGUAGCUUUAGAUUUACGAUAAACAUUGCGGAGAAAGAAAUAUGUCCAAAUAUUUUAAUUUAGUUUAUUUCAUAUUUUUCUUUCGCUUGCAGAUAUGACCACAUUUUGAAAUGGGAACUAUUCCAGUUGGCAGAUUUGGACACGUAUCAGGGUAUGCUAAAAUUGCUUUUCAUGAAAGAACUGGAACGAAUUGUUAAGCUCUACGAAGCUUACAGACAGGCACUGCUCACAGAGGUGGAAACUCGGAAGCAGAGACAGCAGUGGUAUGCCCAACACAACAAGAACUUCUGA